AUGGAAGAAAGUUCCAGCGUUCCUGAGAGUGAUAAUUUCCGAGCGAGUUAUGUUGAGGGAAUGGAUCCCCAACCACCUGCGGAUGUGUUUUCCCAGAUAAUUACCGAGACAGUGAAUGUCUUGGUAUUUGACGGAUCGAUUGUAGGCGCUUAUACACUUGAUCUGGUGACGCCCCUGAAGUCAGCUUCGGAGGUGGUCAAGUUGCCAACGCUAGAAUCUAAAAGAUUCUUGCGAGAUCUGCGUAGUGACAAGAUCAAGCCGAUCUGCGUACUCGUCACAGAGGACGAGUACGUCGCCGAUAUUCGGUCGGCACAAGUGUUUGCUGAGAACGAACGGGUUCUCAGUAGCCCAUAG